UUUUAUGCAGUGAGUGAGUGAGUCACUACAAAUCCCAAACCCCACAAUGCCAUUCUCAUUCUAACAGCGUUCACUUCUCUUUCUCUCUCAAUUCUCUUCCUUCGUUUUCUGAUUUCCCAAAAUUAGUAAUCGGAACUUUGUUCACCAAUUCAAGAUCCUAAUCCUUUUCGGCCUUUCCUCAAAUCACCCACUUCUUCUUCUUCUUUCUCUCUGGGUUGGCGUCAAUGGCGUCGAAUAUAGGCAUGAUGGACAGUGCUUACUUUGUCGGCAGGAAUGAGAUUCUGUCAUGGAUCAACAACAGGCUCCAACUCAAUCUCUCGCGCAUUGAGGAGGCUGCAUCUGGUGAUGUACAAUGCCAGAUGAUGGACAUGACGCAUCCAGGGGUUGUUCCAAUGCACAAGGUGAAUUUUGAUGCAAAGACGGAGUAUGAUAAGAUCCAGAAUUACAAAAUUCUGCAGGAUGUGUUCAACAAGCUGAAAAUUGACAAGCAUAUUGAAGUUAGCAGGCUUGUUAAAGGCAGACCUUUGGACAACUUGGAGUUCCUCCAAUGGCUGAAACAUUACUGUGAUUCUGUGAAUGGUGGCAUUAUGAAUGAGAAUUACAAUCCUGUGGAGCGGAGGGUUAAAGUCGGAAAGGACCGGAAUGUUAGGUGUCCUCUGAAGAAAUCAAAAUCACAGCAAACAAAUAUUAAGAAUGCUUCUGGCUCAAGCAACACACUCGGUCCUAAUGGAACCUCUGGGGCCAAACCAUUCAGGUCAAGUGAAGCAGCAGGUGGGGCUAAUUCUUCAGUAGAGAUUCAGGCUCUGUCGAAAGAGAUUACUGAUCUGAAAUCUGCAGUCAAUCUCCUGGAAAAGGAAAGAGACUUUUACUUUGCAAAACUACGAGAUAUAGAAAUUCUUUGUCAGGCUCCAGAAGUGAAGAAUGUCUCUAUGUCUAUAGCAAUUAAGAAGAUUUUAUAUGCUGAUAAUGCAAAGGAAUCAGCAUUAGAUGAAGCUCAAGAUUACCUUAACCUUUGCAAUGAAUGCUGUGCAAACUGAAGCAGAAAUCGAAGCCCGAUUACUCCCAAAACUAGCACCUAGCUGGCUUGCGUGAAAUAUUUGCAAUUAUCUUGAACAAACUCAAUACUGUCUUUGAUUACAAGAUUAGUGAUCCUUCCCUGUCUCGUGGCCAUAAAGUGCUAUAUGGUCGAAGUGUUGUAUGAUGCAUUUGUUUUCUUGUAAGCAUGGAUGGAUAAGAAAUGAUAAAUAACCAAUCUUUCCGAAAA